AUGGGAGCUUCAACACUUUUAGUUUUCGCUGCCAAAAGGCUCCAAGGAAAGGUGGCCCUAAUCACCGGUGGUACAAGCGGCAUAGGGAGAGCAACGGCACAACUUUUCGCAAACCACGGUGCUAGAGUUGUCGUGGCCGAUAUCCAAGACAAACACUUCCCUUCCCUUUCCGAUCAGACCAGCCCAAACGAGACCAUAUCAUUUGUCCACUGCGACGUAACAAAUGAAGCUCAAGUGAAAAAUGCGGUAGAUUCCGUAAUGGACAAGUACGGAAAGCUCGACAUAAUGUUUAGCAACGCUGGGAUCACAGGGGACACCGGUCCCACCAUCAUGGACACGGAUCUCCAAGGUAUAAAGAGUGUCUUUGAUGUGAACGUGUAUGGCGCAUUCAUGUGCGCCAAAUAUGCGGCUAGAGCAAUGGUUCCAGCGAAGAGCGGGAGCAUUAUUUUCACGGCUAGUUCCGUAUCGGUUGUGACUGCCUUCAGUAGCCAUGCUUAUAAGGCGUCGAAGCAUGCUUUGGUGGGUCUGACUAAAGGGUUGUGCGUGGAACUCGGUGGAAAUGGGAUCAGAGUGAAUUGCAUUUCUCCACAUGGAGUUUACACUCCGUUGGUUGCCUCGACAAUGCAAUUGUCGAAGGAAAAGGCGGAUAAAUUAAUUUCGGAGACAGGGAACCUUAAUGGUGUGAUUUUGGAAGAAAAUGAUGUGGCGGAAUCGGCACUUUUUUUGGGAAGCGACGAGUCUAGGUAUGUUAACGGGUUGAACCUUGUCGUGGAUGGAGGCUAUAGCACAACUAAUCCAGCAUUAGUAGAUGCUUUUAAGAAGAUUAUGUCUAAUGAUACAACUAAUUAUAAUUAA